AGUAACGUCCUCAACUCAGCUUAUUUUCUUGUCGUUGACGUAUUAGACGUCGUCUAGGAUCCUCACGUUGUUCAGCAAACAGAAAAAAUGUGCUCUGAAAACCCUAGAAAAUGGAGGUUCACAUGGGAGACCCAAUCUCACACCCCUAAUCUCAAACUAUUCCUCUUCGAUUCCCUAACAAAAUCUACAAUUCAUUGCAGAAACCUCGAGGUCCAGCUAAAUCUUCCACAAUCUCAUCUUCUUGUGAGCUGGACUGGAGAAGGUACAGAGAAGCUAUCGCUUACGGUUCCGAUUCCUAAGGUUCUGAUCGACCCCGAUUCUCCGGUGACUUUUAGAGCCCUCGAUGAUCACAUUGAAGUUAAGCUUGUGUUGCUUCUCCCCGUUGAUCACCCCAUGUUUUCCGACUUGAGUUUAAGCGAUGAUGGAGAGAAUAGUGAGGUUUUGGAUUCAGUAAAACCACUGGAUAUGGACUCUGAUUUGAAGAGUUUAUCUUCAAUGGAAGGAGUGCAUUUUUACUGCAGAAGUUGCUCAACUAGAUUGACUAGAAGUUGCAUCAGACAGUUCGUGGAAAUGCCAUCAGUUAACUGGCGAGAGAUGGCUGACAACUGGUUUGGAGCUUGCUGUUGUUCAUUUGGAGGUGUAAGUGAGAAGCUGGUAAAUAGGUUCGCAGAUGCUUAUACAUGUGCAAAGGGCAUGUGCUUGUUAACUUCUACAGCUGUUAUUCUUUGCAAGGAUGAUCUUGUAGGUUGUAAAUUUACGGACUGGGAUGGAAUUCAAAGGCUUGAGCCCAGAGAGAAUUUUGCUGGUCAGAAUGGUUUAAGUGAAGAAGCAAUGCUAGAUUUUGGAUCUAAUCUUAGAAGAGAUGCCAGUUGUGAUAGUCAUAGUGAGAGAGUGGAUGCUAAUGGGACUCUGAGGUCUUCACUUCUCAACCUUAAUAACCAUGCUGAGAACAUCAAAUGUGAAGUUAGGGAGGAAGAACCUAAUGCUAAUGGAUUAUUUUGUGUGCCACCAGCAUCAGAUCUCUCUGAAAAUGUAGCAUCAGAAUCUGGAUUUUGCAAUUCAACACAUCCUGCUCAAGACUAUGUUGAUGUAAGCACACAUGAGGUGUCUAAACUUUCAUUAGCGGACCAGAAGACUAGUAAAGCUUUGGAGGCCAUGGCAAAUAGGAGAUCUUUUCUUAAUGGGUUUCUUGGAAAUGUUUUUAUGGCUAGAUCUUAUAAUCUUUCUACGGAUAUUGAGUGGAAACAUUUUGUUUGCCCUCACUGUUCAACUGUUCUCGGAGCUUAUCCCUGUGCUAACGGUGAUUUCCCUGUAGAUAAUGGAGUUAGACUUUUGAAAUGUUACCUUUCCACUUCUUUGUCAGUUGGUAGAUCAGAUGACUUAUUCAGGAAAUAUACUUUGGAGAAAAUGUUCGCAAAUCAACUAAUGGAAAGUGCAAAAGAUGAGUUGUCAUUCCGGACUGUGGUCAGGGAUUUGACAACCAAAUCUCCCAUGCUGCAAGUAGUUCUUUUAAAUCCUAAUUCAUGGUACUGCACUGGUAACUGUUUAGAUGCAGAGUGCAGCGAGAAAUCAACAUUAAAGUUGGAUCUGCUCCCCAUUAUCAAGCUUCUGUUUGCUGAUUGUAGCAACAAUAAAGAAUCUCAAUUAAGGGUGUUAGAAGAUUGGAUAACAAAGAAUCUAGCAGAUGAAGUUUUCAUGUUGCCGCAUCUAAUAGAAGAAUUGACUGAAAACAUCACAUCAAGGAAGGAUCUACUUCCACCAUCUUGUAAUUUCUUUGAGGGUUUAUCCCUGUCAUUCAUGCUGAGGUAAUGCUUAGCUAUUCUAAUGGCUUUGAACUUCUAUUGGAUCCAAGUGGAAGAUUGGAAUGGAACACAUUCAGAAGUUAUGGUAUAUUAAAUGGAAAGCUUUGACAGAAGUGAAGAAUGUAUUUCCAUCUUGUUCUUCUGUUUGAGUCAUGAUGAACAAUUUCACCCUCAGUUUUAUUAUGUAGAAUCAUUGUGAAAGCAUUGGAUCUUUUUAUGAGUUCUAGUAGAUGAGCAAUUACCAAAGUUACUUGAA